CUUCAUUAAAUCUUCAGCAAUCUGCAUAAAUAAUCUCUCGACAUUAUCCGAUUCCUUAGCAGAAGUCUCUAAAAAAUACAUGUUAUGCCUUUCAGCAAAUUCCUCGCCAACUUGUAUAGGUAUUUCUCGGUCGUCCCUAUCAAUUUUAUUCCCAACUAAAACCCUCAAAACUUUACUGCUGGCGUACUCUUCAAUUUCCCUCAGCCAAUCUGGCAAACAAUCAAACGUAGGCUGACAAGAAAUAUCGUAAACCAAAAUUAAGGCAUGUGCUGAUCUAUAGUAGCUUUGGGUAAUUGAUCGGAAACGUUCUUGUCCUGCCGUGUCCCAUAUUUGCAGCUGAUGAAUAAAUUUGUUAGAAAUUGAUCAAAGUUGUAUAUCCUGUUCAAAAUCCAAUGUCCACAGGUGCAGGUAAAUUUAUCACCUUUCCCUAUCAAAUAGCAUUGAAAGGUGAUAAAUUUUACCUGUACCUGUGAAUGGAUAAUAGUUAUUAAGUGAGCUUACUUUAACUUUUUCAUUGCCAACAUCGACAGUUUUAAUCAUAAAAUCGACUCCUAUUGUCGCUCCUUGACCCGGAGGAAAUAAUCCUUGGGUAAACCUGCGAACCAAGCAAGUUUUGCCAACUCCUGCAUUGCCUACGAGGACUACUUUGAAGAGGAACUUGUAAUCGUCCAUAAUAAUUUCUUCAAUAAAUAUUAGCAAUUCCAACGAUUAAAAUCUUAAAAUUUCCUGUUUCUGAAACAGACGAUUGGCCAAUAAGUUUAAAAUUUCAUGGUGCAUGAUUCAAACAUACCUCCUACCUGUUUAAAUUCUUUGGGUUGUUUUUAUUGUACAUUUUGUUUUACUAGAUAUGUGAUUUUAAUAUUUUUAAUAAGUGUUUACGUGUAAUUUACAUAAAUGCUUGUUUCCGUAACUUGCUAUUUAAUUUUAAUUAUUUGAAAAACUUUGCAAAUUGUGUACUUUUAUAAAUAAAAUACAAUAAUAAAGUCAAAGCUUUGACAUUUGUGUUACGUUACAAUUUUUGAAUUGACAUUUCAUUACCGUGAAGUUAGUCCUCGUUAACCACUGAGUGCUCGGAGCAUGUUUUAUUUCUUUUCCCUUUGAUGAGAAGAACAAGGAAAAAAAAAACAAUCCAGCAGCUCCGAGCGUCUACUAGAACUUUACUUAGUAUAGAAAUAAAAAUUUAGAUGGCGCAACCUUCGCACAGGCCACGUAAGUUUUGACACUGACUUAAAGACAGUGACGUUUCAAUUAAUUUUUAUUCCCUUUUAGAAAAUUUCUAUAAGGAAAAGUGUUAAUUAAAAAUGUUAUACGUUUUAAAAUAUUUUGUUAUCUAGUUUUAGUUAAAUUCUGCUCUAACAAGACCUUAUAGAAAUCAUGGCGGAACCAAAUGGAGUGGCUAUGCAACAGCAACAAGCAACAAAACCACAAUAUCAAUUCAAUGGUAUCCAUUCGAACCAUUCUUCCAGAGGAGCUUCGCCAGCCUCUCAGCUACCACCAAUUAGAGGCAAUAUUCCAAUGUCCCAAUUACCACCUUCGAGGGGCCCAAUAGAUGCAGUUACACAAAAAAUUGGUCAGUUAAGUGUUUCAGGUCAGAACACUCCUAAUAUUAGCCCGAAUAAGUUGAAAACGUCCACACCCAAUCCAGAAGGAAUUCAAAAUCAUAGACCAGUGUUUAGUGAAAACCCAUCCCCUGUAGUGCCAAGCAAUAUGGAAAGUGUGCCAUUAAACGAUAAUGGGAGUUCAGAUAUUGCAAAUAGAAAUUUGCCAGCACCACAAAAUGCUUUAAAUAGUAACAUCUUUACUAGUUCAAAUCAAAGAACUCAUCUUAGUGGUGGGAUACCACCAACCCAGCAAAAUGUUCUUCCAAAUCGACCUCAAGUAAAUCUGCCUUCAACAUCAAACGUUAUAGGACAGAACUAUUUUUCACAACCAAAUAAUGUUCCUCAGGUAUUACAAAAUCAGAAUAUGCCACCACAAAACCAGAUGUUUAGCAGUUCUCAAAGUGGCCAGGUAUUACAAAAUAAGAAUAUGUCACCACAAAACCAGAUGUUUAGCAGUUCUCAAAGUGGCCAGUCUGUUAGUAAUUUUGGACCUUCAGCAGUAGCAGCAGCAUUUCCAUCACAAAUUAGACCACCAACUAUGAAUCCUCAGCAACAAAACUUUGCUCAAUACCCGCAGCAAGUUAAACCUACAACUCAACCACCUAGUCAACCUCAAUUUAGAGGAGUUCAACAACCACCCCAAUUCAACACAGGACUACCUGCUAGAACUUCUCCUUACAAUCAACUAGGACAAGGACAAGUUUUACAACCCCCUACUCAAAGACUCAAUCCACAAAUAAAUUAUAAUGCAGGUCCUGUUGCUGCACCACCUCCUAGUUUAAAUGGACCAUCAACUUUGCCUCCAAGAGCAGCAUUGGCUUCCAACAGAUAUCCUACAAAUAUGCCCCAACAACAACAACAACCACCUGCAAACAAUAUGCAAAAUUUAUCCUACCCCAAUCAACAAUACACUGCUCAACAACCUGGAGUAGUUCAAACCGGAUUCAACAGAUUAUGGGGUUCAGAGCAUCACGAUUUACUUCAACUACCUAAUAUAUUGCCCCCAACAAAAAUACCCGCUCCACAAAUCAAUUUGGGACAAGAACAGUUGAAUCAAGCUAAUUGCAGUGCCGAAGUGUUCAGGUGCACCGUCACAAAAAUACCAGAGACUGCUGGGCUUUUGCAAAAAAGCCGUUUACCUUUAGGACUACUAAUUCACCCUUUCAAGGAUUUAAGUUACUUGCCAGUGAUUCAAUGCAACGUAAUAGUGCGGUGUAGAUCUUGCAGGACUUACAUAAAUCCGUUUGUGUAUUUCGUGGACACAAAAAGGUGGAAGUGCAAUCUUUGCUUUAGAGUCAACGAGUUGCCUGAAGAAUUCCAAUACGAUCCUGUCACCAAGACUUAUGGAGAUCCGUCUCGAAGACCCGAGAUCAAAAGUAGUACUAUUGAAUAUAUUGCUCCUGCCGAGUAUAUGUUGAGACCGCCACAGCCUGCGGUUUAUUUGUUUUUGCUGGAUGUGUCAAGGCUUGCUUUCGAGAGUGGUUACUUGGAAGUCUUGUGCAAUGUUUUAUUGGAAGAAUUAAAAAACUUACCUGGUGAUGCCAGAACCCAAAUAGGUUUCCUAGCCUACGAUUCCGCCCUGCACUUUUUCUCGCUAGCCGAAGGCCUAAAUCAGCCCCACGAGAUGACAAUUUUGGACAUCGACGAUGUCUUUUUGCCCACCCCGGAUAACUUGCUAGUCAAUCUCAAGGAUAGAAUGGAAAUGGUUGAGGAUUUAUUAAAACUGCUGCCUCAAAGGUUCAGUAAUACUUUCGAUGGCAAUAGUGCUUUGGGGGCUGCUCUACAGGUGGCGCAUAAAAUGAUGGGAGCUACUGGUGGUAGAGUCUCUGUGUUUCAAUCAAGCCUCCCUAACACGGGACCUGGCGCAGUAACCGCCAGAGAAGACCCGUCGCAAAGAUCAACCGCGGAAACUCCACUCCUAAACCCAGUAAACGAUUUCUACAAGAGGCUCGCCUUGGAAUGUUCCGGACAGCAAAUUGCUGUCGAUUUGUUUGUUGUUAAUUCGCAAUACGUCGAUAUGGCUACUAUCUCUGGAAUCAGCAGGUUUAGUGGAGGUUCAAUUCAUCACUUUCCACUAUUCAAAUCCACAAGGCCUUUGGCCGUUGACAGUUUCCAAAAAGACCUCAGGCGGUAUUUGACAAGAAAAAUUGGUUUCGAGGCAGUCAUGAGGGUAAGGUGUACCAGAGGAUUAGCUAUACACACUUUCCACGGAAACUUCUUCGUCCGAUCAACCGAUUUACUUUCCUUGCCAAACAUCAACCCUGACUCUGCCUUUGGUAUGCAGGUAGCAAUCGAGGAAACAUUAACAGACACCCAACAGAUAUCUUUUCAAGCUGCCUUAUUGUAUACUUCAAGCAAAGGUGAAAGACGAAUAAGAGUUCACACGCUUUGCCUGCCAUUAGCCAAUACCUUACAAGAUGUCAUCAAUUCAGCCGAUCAACAAUGUAUUGUUGGUUUGUUGGGAAAAAUGGCCGUGGACAGGUCGAUGCAAUCGUCUCUGUCUGACGCACGCGAAGCAUUUAUUAACGCAGCUGUAGACCAAUUGACUGCCUACAAAUUCUCUCUCAACAUGGGAAAUAGUACAAAUGGAUUAUUAGCUCCGGAAUGCCUUAAACUUUUACCUCUGUUUAUAGCGGCUAUUUUAAAACAUCCUGCAUUUAGAAUAGGGACUGCUACCAGGCUUGACGAUAGAGUAAAAGCAAUGAUUGAUAUGAAAACUUUGCCCUUACCACUUUUAAUGCAACAAAUAUAUCCUGAUUUAUAUCCAAUUCAUAAUUUGGAACUUCAAGAAGUAAUUUUAAACGGCGAAGAAGAACCAGUCCCAUUGCCUCCAAGACUACAUUUAAGUUCUAGAUGUUUAGAAAAUAAGGGGGCGUUCCUUAUGGAUUGUGGCGACCACAUGAUGAUCUUGGUAGGACCGAAUGUUUCUAGGGAAUUUUUAAACGGUGCUUUAGGUGUGGAUGAUUAUCAAAGUAUCAAUGACGGCAUGCUCGAAAUACCAGUUUUAGAUAAUUUAGCCAAUCAGAGACUGCAUCAAUUUAUCAAUUAUCUUAACGACGAAAAACCUUAUAAUGUUUCUUUGCAAAUUAUACGGGAUAAUAGUCCGAAUCGUGGGGUAUUUUUAGAAAAAUUGAUCGAGGAUAGGUUAGAAAAUUCAUUGUCUUAUCAUGAGUUUUUGCAACAUUUGAAAACUCAAGUGAAAUAACAGCGUUCUGAGGGACACAAUUACUGACAAAUAAUGGAUUUUGGUAAACAAUAUUUUCACUAUUGAGAGGUGCACUGAAUUGUAUAAAAGUACUCUGCACAGCUCAAUGUCAGAAGGAACACUAUUUAAUCUUAAUUUUAAAACUAUUUAUUUUCCUUUUAAUUAAAUAAUGUCUGGAUGAACAUUAUGAUAAACUUUACCUUGUAUAAAAUGUCAAGACUUGUUAAUAAAUUUAAGGUGAAUCGAUGGUUGGGCUAGAUAGAAGAAAAUAUAUGAAUUGUGGAAUAUUACUUUGCAACCAUUGUUAAUUAAUUUUGUAAAUAUGAAGGAGUUUAUUGGUGUCCACCUUUAUAAUUAUUAUUAUUUCAAAGAAAACCCAUAUUUGGUUUUACUCUUAUUGUUUUAAGUUGUAGAAGAAACACCAAAAAUUACUGAAUAUUUUAUUUGCAAAUAUUUUUUGUUGUUAAAAACAGGUCGGUUAGAUUUAAGUGCGAAAGAAGAAAGGAGUGUUGAAAAACUAUAUUUUUCUUUUUUGUUUAAUAUAUUAUUGAUGUAUUUUAUUUGGAUUGCAUUUUUGUCGUACAUACACAUAUUAUAUUAUGGUGUUUUUAAUUAUUAUUAUUAUUAUUAGUCAGUUUAUGAUAUUUUUAUUUAUUGUGAUAUAAGAUUUUCUUGUUUUUCUUUGAGGAGAAAAUAUUAAACAAAUUAGCAAUAAUGUUGGGGUUUUUAUUGACUGUCUUUAGAAGCAUGGAGAAAUUCAAUUUUUCCGAGACAAAAACACAAAUUUUUGAGGAUUCCAAACUUCAAUAUUCUAGUUUACCAAUGUCUUCUCAAUCACCUAUACAAAUUAUAUACUCGCAUAAUAGUAAAUCGAGUAACACAGAGACUAAUAGAAAGAUCCAUGCUUGGAUUGACUAGAGGAAUAAUGAGAUCCGCAUAAAAACUGCUCUGUUAAGUAAAAUGUUGAGUUUAUUAUCUCGUCUAGAAUUUUUUUUGUUUGGAUGACAAAUAAAGAAUAAAUAUUGCUAAAAAGUUCCACAACAAAAACCAGCUUUAUUAAGAUUUUUUUACUUAAAAGAUUGUGCAUUCCUUUUAGCAUUCUUAACUAACAUAUUUAAUUCAACAUUUUUCUUCUUUCCUUUGCCUUCUGUUUUCAUUUUCUUGGUUUCUUUAGCGUCAUUGUUGCCUUCAUUGCGCCUCUUUAUUUUUUCCUGUAUCAACGUUUCCAUUGCUUUUGUCUUUUUGAAAUGUGGAUCUGUUGGAUCAAUGUUAUAAUGAUGACUAGUGAAAAUGGCCGAGAAUCUUUUGUCUUCAACAUUAACUUUGAAAUUGUCCUCUUCUUUUUCUUCUUGGUUAUUGUGUUUUUUGUUCUUUUUCUUCUUUUUGUUUUUACUCUCACUUUCAUUGUCUUGGAUUUUCUUCAAAUUGAAAUGCUUUUUCUCUUUAGUUUCUUCACCGUUCAUUAAAAGCAAAUCUAGCUCUGCUUGUUUUUGUUUAUCUUCUUCUGUAUCAUUGUCGUUCUUUUUUAUGUUUUUCUUGUUUGUGGGUUUCUUUUUGAAUUCAGGGUUGUUAAACUCUUCAGCAAAAUAUGGAUCAUUCAUGUCAAUAUCUGAAGGUAUGUCGCUGUUCUCUGAUUCAUCUUCCUUUGGUUUCUUUUUCAAUUCCUUUUUUUCUUUGCGUUUCUCUUUUCUCUUAUCCAAAUACUCUUGGAAAGGUGUUUUUUCUGCAUUAUUUUUUAAUUUAUCUUUCGCCAAUUUAUCUGUUUUUGUUUUCAAAUCUAUUCCCCAGGAAAUUUCCAUCCCAAUAUCUUGAUUUUUCUUUUCUUCCUCUUUUACUUGAAUAUCUUGCAGCAAAGCUUUGUAUUUGUCAAUAGCAUUACCUGAUUGUGAAUUAGCAUCAGAAUCAGAGCCAUCUUGCUCAUCAUCCAAGUCUUCUUCAUCGCUACUGCCAGCUAAAUAAUUUUGCAAAUCGUGCUCAGAAAUAUCAUCCAUUUUACCACUAUUAAUUUUUUCAGCAAACUCUACUCUAUCUGGAUUUGUUUCGUCCCAAGUCAAUUCCACUUUAGCUUGUUGCAAUGCUGUCGUAGUGAAAAAUCUUGGUUCAUAUUUUUCAGGCAAUUUAUCACACAUUUCUUUUGGGGGGUCAUCAAAUGUCAUAUCAUCUGGUAUGAACCUCAAAUCAAUUUUCGUUGCACUAGAUUCAUAUUCCAUACCAUCACAUUCUGUAUAAAUUUUAUUAGCAGAAUUGGCAUUAUCAAAUGUGAUGACUGCAUAAUAAUAUUUUAGACGGUUGAGUUGGUACUGUCUUAAUUUUUCCAUGUGAUAAUUGGACCCUUCUUCAGUUUCAUCGUCAGAUUGGUGAUUUUUUCCGGGUUCAACUAACUCAAUUGGGCCUUUGGUUUCUUCUUCUUUCAGCCGCUUCUUUCCAAAUUCUGAAGGAUAAAUCACUACAGACUGUAUAAUACCACCUGAUGGAAGAAACGAAUUGAAAAGCACCAUAAGAUCCAGAGCUCUAAUUCUGUCCCAAUCCAAAUUACAAGCAGCCAAUCGAUUUGUCGCUUCUUCGGUUUGUCCUGCGUCAGCAUCCAGUUCGCCCCAUCUAUGAUCUAUUUGCUCAGACUCUGAGACUUCUUCAUCAGUUUCUUCAUCGUCAGAUGAACUUUCUGAUUGCAAAGUUCUUUCUCCUCUGGCAUAAUCAACGGUCAGGUUUCGUAAUUUAUCCUUGAUUGUUUUGGAUAGUUUUUCGUCAGUAUUCUCAAUAUCUAGGGUUGGUUUCUCUUCUUCACUUUCACUACUUUUUGGAGACACUUCUGCUUCAUUUUCACUCUCAUCUUCUGAGGUUUCUUCUUCUGAGCUCAACUCAUAAUACCGCUUCAAAUCUUCUUUUGAAUGGUGUUUAACAGGUCUGCCCCUUUUAUCUGUCGUAUAUUUCACUUGAAACUUUUUAUCUGUAAACAUAGAUUGGAACCUUUUGUCGAUUUUCACUUUGCUUUGGCCCUUCGGUAUCCUUCGGAAUUUUGGGUCUUUGGCUAUAUGUUUGAACCGCUUAUCGUCCAUGAUUUUUUUUCCUUAUUAUUCAAGAAAAUUACUGAUAAAAACGAGACUAAACAAUCACAAAUCUUAUGGAGAAAAGUAAAUGCAAAAUGUGUAGAAGAAAGUAGAAACUGAG